UAGCCCAAAAAAGGAUAGACCGCGACAAACAGCCCGCCAGGAAGCUAAGCUCGUCAUGGCCAUGACCAUCCUCGGCGCUCUCAAGCUGGCCCCGUCCCCGCCGGCGACGACCACCUCCUCGCUGCCGGCGUGGCGCGGCCCCUCCUCGCUGCACUUCCACCUCGCCAAAGCUGGCGCCGCCGCGCUGGUCGCCGCCUCGCUGCUCGUCGCCGACCCGGCCCUCGCGUUCAGGGGAGGCGGGCCGUACGGGCAGCAGGUGACGCGGGGGCAGGACCUCACCGGCAAGGACUUCAGCGGCCAGACGCUCAUCAAGCAGGACUUCAAGACCUCCAUUCUGCGGCAGACCAACUUCAAAGGCGCAAACCUGCUCGGCGCCAGCUUCUUCGACGCGGACCUCACAGGCGCUGAUCUCUCCGACGCUGAUCUUAGAAACGCGGACUUCUCGCUGGCAAAUGUAACAAAGGUAAAUUUAACAAAUGCCAACUUGGAAGGGGCACUUGUGACCGGGAACACUUCUUUCAAAGGUUCCAACAUAUACGGGGCAGAUUUCACUGAUGUUCCACUUCGAGACGAUCAACGGGACUACCUCUGCAAAAUUGCUGACGGGGUAAAUACAACUACCGGAAAUGCCACCAAAGAGACUCUUUUCUGCAAAUAAAGAACAAGAAUGAAAGAGAAUGGAGAGACUAGAGAGUUCAGAGGCUGAUUUAGUUCUUGAAUAGCACUGCCAAAAUUUUCUUUAACUUCCUUGUCCCCCAGGGUGCAGAGAGUUCAUUCCAGUUUCUAUAAUGUGAAAUGGUUGCUAUAGGAAAUCAGUGGGUGGUAUCAGCAUGUCAGGUGUGUUUGGUUGAAGGGAAGAAAUUAUUAGUACAUAAAAUACAUGUUUGUCUGGUAAUAUUGAUACA